UUCUCUCCCUACCCGGAGAUAAACGUUCCGAACCUUGCUCCGCGGAUAAUGUUUCCGCGCGAAUUAUUAGUUUGUUCUCUGCUUGUUGUUACAGUUUGCGAGUUAGAAGGUUCUGAUUUGAUUCCAACAGUAUCCCAGAUAUCUGGUUUGGCAAGCUGGCCUAACUCCGACUCUCAUUGGUCCGAUGUCCCGGGCUGGGCGGAGUGGGGUAAGGCUAAACGACAAGUUGACCCCCAGGACGGAGCCGCAACCUCUCCAGCUAGUAACUCUGCCCAAUAUCAGCAGGAUGUGGGUCACUUCUCCACAAACAGUCCUCAAUACUCAGCUGGAGCUGGACAUGUAGGGUCAGGGUUUAAAUCUUUAGGGUUCGGGUUCUCACAGGAUCAAAGCUCUGCCAAUCCUAACCCUCAGUAUGGUUCUGGAUAUAACCGACCCUAUGGACAAAAUAGUUUUGGUUCUGGUUUGUCCUCCGCUCCAUAUAACGUACAGGGUACUUCUCAGUCUGCAGGAUUAGGAGGAGAAGAACAGUAUCCUUCUCCGUCUCAAGGUUCCCUUCCGGGACAUUCUCAAGGAUUUAUGAAUUUUGAUAUGAGAUUAGAUUCGAAACCCAACGCAGCUCCGUCCUUUCAAACUCCAGGGUCUCAGGAUCCAUAUUCUUAUUCUGGAUACGCCAGGAAUAGUAGAGGAGCUUCGGAAAAUAAGAACCAGUUAAACCAACAGCAACAAAUACCCUUCAACCCAAGCCAACAACAUUUCCAACUGCAUGAAGCUGUUGAAAAGGAGAAACAACAUAAUUUUAAGAAUAACUAUCAACAACAGCAUCAAAUGAAUAUUUUCAAUCCUCUCCAGCUUCAGCAGUUCAGAACAAAGCAACAACAACAAUCUCAAGGGUUCCAACAACAAGAUCCGGAGGAACCACCACAGUUUCGUCCAGGAAACUAUCAACAGAUAAAUUAUCCGUUCCAGAAUGGAGUAAAUCAACCUUUGUUUCAGAAUGGAGCAACAAGACACCAGUUUCAAAAUGGAAACCAACAGCCUCUAUUUGAGAAUGGAGGUCAAUCCCCGUUCCAGAAUGGAGGAAAUCAACAACCGUUUCAGAAUGAAGGAAUAGAAUCACCGUUCCAGAAUGGAGGACACCAAUUACCUAUCCAAAAUGGAGGAAACCAACUACCGUUCCAGAAUGAAGGAAUCCAACAGCCGUUUCAGAAUGGAGGAAACCAUCCUCAGUUCCAAAAUCCCUCCCAUCCGCAGAAAAGAGGAUCUGGAAACCAAGGAAAUCAAUUUCCACAACUUGGAAAUCAGUUCCCGCCCAACGGAAACGUAUUUCCUUCUCUGGGAAACCAAAAUUCUCCCCCGAGAAACCAACUACUCCCUCGAUUCCCCCAACCAGGAAACCAAUUUCCCCCACUAGGCAACCAAUUUCCCCCGCAAGGAAACCAAUUUAAUCCACAAGGAAAUCAAAAUUUAGGAAAUCAGUUCAGGAAUCCAAGGCAACAGUUUCCAAAUCAACGGAAUCAGUUUCCACCAGGAGCCAGGUUUCCUCCCUUAGGACCAAACCCAGGAUCUGAUUUGUUCAAUAAUCCCAAUCCUGGAGUUCAGGAAUCCCUUCUUGUAACUGGAAAUCCCUUUGCUACCGGUGAACCACUGGAGAUAGAAAAAGAGGGAAAUUUAGGUGGUGGAGAAGGAGGAAGAGGAGGAGGAAGAGGGGGAGGAGGAGGAAGAGGGGGAGAAGGAGGAAGAGGAAGAGGAGAAGGAGGGGAGAGAGAUCCAUUUCCCAACAAUGAUAAACUUCCUUUCUUAGAGAGUGGACAACCUGGUAUUGAAACCAACCAAGUUGAUGAUUUCAACGAGUUUCAAGAUAUUAAAGAUGAUUAUCCUGAAUAUGGUCCUGGACUAGAUUAUGCCAAUAAUGGUCCUUCGGGACUUGACUACGAUGGUAAAGGACCGAAUGAAUAUGGCGGACCAGAUUUUGGUUCCGAUGGGCCCAGAGAAUCUGAGGAAUCAGGUUCUUAUGAAGGAGAAAGGUUUAACUCCGGUGCUCCUAAGGAUUUUAAGGUUCCAGACUUUGGUUCCCCAAACCCAGAAGGUUCUGAGGGCUUUAGAGGCAACGGAGGUUCAGGCGAAAGAGGUUUAUUGGGAAACCGCGAAGUUCCUAGAGGUUCCGGUAGUCAAGAUAAUUCUGAAGUGAAAAAAUCAAGUUCUUCAAGAAAGUAUGAUCUAAAAAGAGGGAAAAGAUAUGGACCAGGAGAAGGGAAAAGAUACGGACCAGGAGAAGGGAAAAGAUUAGAACCUGCUUCAUCAACAGAACCAGAAUACGGAAACAAAAAAGAAACAAAUUCGUUUGAAGAAAGAAAAAAAUGGAAGAAACCUGGAAAAUCUCAAAAAUAUUCUAGAAACUUUGGGUUUGAAAGGAGGAGACGUGCAAACCAAACUUUAGACAUUACACAAGUCUCAGAUCCCUACAGUUCAACCCCCACAUCUGGGGAAGAAUUUAGUUCUGCAGAAUUCCAAUUUGAUUUCAAAGAGAAGAAUUUUAAUAAUGAAGGUUCAGCAUCAGAGAAUGUAAAUGGAGGAUAUGAAGGAAUGCAGGAUGAGGGUAAAAUGUCUAAACACCCGGAUUUUGAUCAGAUGGAGAAAGAUUUUGAGAAAUUUUCAUCCGGAGAUAAAAAUUUCUACGACAAGGAUCUGGCAGCGCCCGGUGAGGAUUUCUCUUUUGAACAUGGCGACUUCUCAGACUUUGAAGGAGUAACCAACUCUUGGAGUGGGAACGGAUUCAAAGACUUUGAAGGGGCUAAAAAUGAGUUCAGUGAGUUUGAGGGUGCUAAGAGCGGAUUCAGUGAGUUUGAAGGAUCAACGAGCGGAUUUUCAGAUUUUUACGACAAGAAGGGAUUAGCUAAACCUACAGGAUCAACAGAAAUUAUGCCAGGAGGUAUCAGCGGAGAGGAAACCACGUCAGGAGAAACUCCUUCUGUGCCUUCUCCUGGUCCUGGUAGAUAUAGGAAAGGCAAGCAGAUCUAUGAUCAAAAGAAUGCUUCAAGUACACCCUGGAUACCUGUUGUAAAACACAGUUGAAUACAAUUUAUAUUUAAUAAUUUCUACACACACCUGAACCCUCUCUCCCUAAAAACUUUUCCAUUCUUUCAUUAUAUUAACUCAUAAUUCAACUAAUUUUUUUCUCUUUCAAAGAUUCUCUUUUAAAUUAUUCAUUUAAUUUUAGAAUCCAUAUAUAUUGU